CUCCUGGUCUCCCAUCUGUCGCACCUCUUCAAUAAAUAAGAUUAUCGACUCCAGCGUCACGCUAACCUAAAUGGAGCACCGUAGGAUAUUUUAGUUAGAGAUUAGGGAAUAAGACGGGGUCAAGGUCUGUCUUCGAGUCAUUAAAGUCAGAAGGAGGAGGAGGAGAAGGACGCUCAUCACUGCGUUCUCAGAGAGGCUUUGGACUCAGAUCCAUCAAACUGUACAUGUGGUCGCAGCCAAAUCGAGAAGGAGACCAACAUGUCCCUGGCGAACCCUUUGCAACAGCCCAGAAUCCCGUGGAAAAACAACAGCUUUGCGCUGUUGAAUAAAGACCAGCCCAUAUCCGAGCAAGGAGAAACCAUCAUUGGAGCGUACCUCUUAACACUCGGAUGGCUGUCAUGGUUUGGCAAUAGCAUUGUGAUUUUUGUCCUCUACAAGCAGAGGGCAACUCUGCACCCCACAGACUACCUCACAUUCAACCUGGCUUUGUCAGAUGCAGGUAUUUCCGUGUUUGGAUAUUCUCGUGGCAUCCUUGAAGUCUUCAAUGUCUUUCAUGACGACGGCUUUAUUAUCACCUCCAUCUGGACCUGUCAGGUAGAUGGCUUCUUAACCCUGCUGUUUGGACUGGCCAGCAUCAACACCUUAACAGUCAUAAGUGUUAUUCGAUAUAUCAAAGGCUGUCAUCCCAACAGAGCGUAUUGUAUUGGCAACAGCAGCAUUGCAGUUUCACUUGGACUAAUCUGGGUAGCUGCCUUCUUCUGGUCUGGAGCUCCACUGUUUGGAUGGGGAAGUUACAGAGAUCGUGGAUAUGGAACCUGUGAAAUCGACUGGGCCAAAGCCACCUUUUCCACCAUCUACAAGUCCUACAUCGUGUCCAUCUUCAUCUGCUGUUUCUGCCUGCCAGUCACUGUGAUGAUCUUUUCCUAUGUGUCCAUUAUAAACAAAGUCAAGACCAGCCACGCCUUAGCAGCUGCGGGGGACCUUACUGAAAGACAGCGAAAGAUGGAGAGGGAUGUUAUGAGGGUGUCCAUUGUCAUCUGCACAGCUUUCAUUAUAGCCUGGUCUCCCUAUGCUGUCAUCUCUAUGUGGUCUGCCUGUGGCUUCCAUGUGCCUAACAUGACUAGCAUUUUCACCAGACUUUUUGCCAAGUCAGCCAGCUUUUAUAAUCCAAUCAUCUAUUUUGGCUUGAGCUCCAAGUUCCGCAGGGAUGUCAAUGCGCUACUUCCUUGUACCAAGGAGGGGAAGGAGAUGGUCAAGCUCAAACGCGUUAAGCACCUGAAGCCAAAGCCAGAGGCCAACCUCGCACGGCAGGAACGUAAAUAUGUUGAAAACGUGAAACAAGCACCCAGCCCAGAUUCAGGUGUUGGAAUUCCAUGCAACACGCCUCCUCCACAGAACCAAGAGGUCAUCUUCAUCCCACUACAAGCCACACAAGAAGCUCCAGAAUCAGAAUGUGAACGACUGUGAAAAUGUGCAGAGAAUGUCCUCCAGGGAGUGAGGGUCUGUAGAAUCUGCUGGGUGUUUGGUUCAGCGCUGCUAAGAAAUCAACUGAAUAAAAUCAUCAAAAAUAUUAAA